CCUCGUGCCGUAAGGACGUACGUUAUCGUUUCCGUUGCGGAAAGCUCCCGUGAAUCGGUGUUUGCGAUUUGGCGUCCGCAUUCCUGCUGGGAACCCGGGGAAUACAUACGACCGAGUGUCGUGUGUCGUGUAGUGAGCCCGUCGGGCAGGUUUACGGGGUCGGCCACAUACAGCCAGACACGUUUAGCGAUGUCUGUCAUUUAAGAUGCUCGUGUGUUUGUUCAGCGUGUCGAGUACCGGUGUUUGAGUUUGGCUGGUGGUGCUGUAUGCAGGACCAUGCAUUCCGCAGUCGACAGCUAGGAGCCGGAUGAUUGACAGAAGGAAAUAAAGUUGAGCAGCCGCAGCGAUUGAACUGCAAGGGCCGGGCCGGCAAGCGGCAAGGGCUACGGAUACGGAGAGCGCAGGCAGCAGGAAGCUCAAAUGCGACUUCAUCUUUACAUUUCCUUUGCCCGUGCGGAGGGUUCGGUUCGUGCUGCGGAGGUUUCGGCUUAAGCUGUGCUUACAACAACGGGGCCGGUUAGUAGAUUACGGAUGAGUUUUGUUUGUAUAAUUGUGCUUUAAACUUAAUUGAGCUGUUGCUGUGGAGUUGGAAAAGGGUGGAAAAACGGUGUGCAGUAGUGUGUUGGGUGCAUUCGUUAGUGGUUUGAAUGUAGUAAUUGGUGCAUUGUUGGUGAAUAGUAAGUGAACCCUUUCCCGAUAAGAUUAUUCGUAUAGUUUUUAAGUAGUGUACAAGUGUUUUACGGAGCUGUCAGAUAUCACAGCACACAAGAUGUCGAUGUCCAAACCCCGUAGCCAGUGUUAGAAGUGAUUGAUUUUCUAAAGCGUGCUAGAAGAGCUAUGACAAAUGAUAAAUAUCACACUGAAUGGUGAUAACGACAGAAAUUUAUAACUGAAGUGUGUUAGUGAUCCAUGUGUAUGAAGAAACGUGCGUAAGUGUACUCGAAAGGCGGAUCAUUGGUGUCCAAAUCCAGCUGUGUGGAGUUUCGUACAAAUCGUCAAGAUAACACGUUACUUAGCCUAGUGUUCCAUGUUGUGGCCAUAGUAUGUAGCCUGAACUGACCGGUUGAACAAGCACAACGUUUUCCCGGUACCAAUUAAAUUACCAACAGCUUCCAUUCCACGGUUUUGGAUUCUACUUCUUUGCGAGCGAGCCGUAGGAAACGGGGCUACUCCCGUGCAAGAGGCACAGUGAUGGCCGAUAAAGAGAAAUGUGUCUACGUAAAUGCAAUAAUAGUUCUGCUUACUGCUCACAUCUGUGCUUCCGUAGCCGCCACGGGGUUGAGAAAUCUCUCACUGUCCAUCAAACCACCGUGGGUGAGGCGGGGUCAGGAAGCGCAACUGCACUGUCAGUAUGAGAUGGAAGGUGCACCGCUCUACUCCGUCAAAUGGUACCGUGGUACGCUGGAGUUCUAUCGGUACUCGCCGUUUGAGAACCCACCGGCAAAGAUUUUUCCUUUCACCGGCAUCAAAGUCGAUAUGACAGUAUCGAAUGCAACGCACGUAACGUUACGAAAUGUGGGUUUUAACUUAUCCGGUAACUUUACGUGCGAAGUAACGGCGGAUGCACCUUCGUUCUACACGGGAGUUGCAACAAAUGUGCUGACAGUAGUUGAAUUGCCUCACUCACCGCCGACCCUUUGGACGGAACACACCAAAUACGACCCUGGUGAUAUAUUGCGAGCUAACUGUUCUACCCCACCAUCGAAGCCCGGUGCCACGAUAACGUUUCUGCUGAACAGCAUGACGGUUGGAACAGAAUCUACAGUGCUGCAUCCAACGCAUGACAAUCUUCACUGGGCAUCACGGGAUCUUAUCAUUCAGCUGCUGCCCUCUCAUUACUCCACCGGGCAGCUAAUAUUGCGAUGUUUGGCUGAAGUUGGCACCAUUUACUCGGAAGUAUCGCAAGCACCGUUGGAAUCUAGCCGCAAGGAGCCAAUCCCGGAACGAGUUACAUCGCCCAACGGUGGCACGACGCUAGCCGGAAGCAUAGAAGCACGCCGGCAGCAGCUACUCCUGCACGCGUUAGGACUGCUUGUGAUACUGAUCGUAAUACACUCGUACCGUCCGAACGCGCUGAUCCGAUAGCUUUCACCGGUUGCCAGCCCGCCCACAAAUUCGCUCCGCCGAUAGACGACUACUGCACCGUGAGCGAGAAUGCGGAGUUUAGCAUGCCCGAGAUGCGGGAGUGAAUACUAGCGAAAAUGUGUCCACCGACAAUGUGCGAGUGUGUGUUUGUGUAUCGGGUAUUGCAUUUCCUGGUCAAAUACUGGACACAUCCGUACGGUCUACAAAACCUCCAGCUAAACACAGAUCGCUCGUCCUCCUGGGCGAGGGAAUGGCUGCCACAAAUGGCUCCGAAAUUGCGCGUUUUCGUACGCUGGGAGUGGGCACUUACGCUUGAACACUACUACGCGCUGAGGAACGGAUUAAAGUUAAGAAGAAGGCAAUCCGGGUCCAAUCCCGAUUCCAGUCUCAUCAUGAAAAACUUUAAACAACUUGGCAAGAAAGAAAACAUUGUAGCACACAAAUAGUGCGAUCAAAAAUAAUCAGUCAAGUGUAAGUGUGCGCAGGAUUAGAUUUAGAAAGUAAUGGCAAAAACUACGGAACUUUAACACUAGCAAACAACUGACCGGGGAAUGUAAUGAAGUUGACUGAGUUGAAAAGCGGAUGAAUGGAUGGCGUAUGGCGCUGCAGGAGUGUAGGAAAUCAAUUAGCAGAAAAGUAACACAAAACCUGCGACCGGAGGCAGCAUCGGUGACGGGAAACUAAUUGGUAAAAUUAUGACAACCUUUCGUACGAGAUUUACAAAGCUGUAGCAGGCCACAUUACCGGUGUGAAAGACACAAUGAAGCAUGUCAGAAGUGGCGCAAAACAUGGAGCACACAAACACACACAUACACGAGUUGCAACACGAGUUGCCGUACCGGGAUAGCUGGGGAAACUUUAUUUAUUGUUAAAAUUAUUAUUUCUAUAAGCACACCGAUGAGUUGUGAAUUUUACACACUCAAGCGUGGGCCAAAGUAAGCCCGGUAGUUGUGAAUUAUUUAGGCAGCAGCGCCUAGAACCGUUGUGAAUCAUUUAGCAAAAAACAAAACAAAACAAAACAAAGCAAAGCCAAACAAAACACACACCGCAUGUAGCGAAGCAACACAAUGCAAGGAGAGUGAGAAAGCUGUAAAAAAGCAAACAAACCCCCGUAUACAUAUAAGCGUGCUAGGAGGAAAGCUUAGAUGAUGUGUGAUGUAUGUGGCGUGAGAGCAGACCGGGGCAGGUACAGAGUCGGAACUGCUUGCCACCUUGCCUGUGAGUCGAUUCGUUCGGAAAAAAGCUCCUCUUUUCCAGUUCGCAUAGCAAAAACAGAACAACUUAUAUAAUUAGAUUACGUACGUGUGCGCGCGCCAUACAGCGAUUACAAGGGUGCAGGCCAUAAGCAAGCGAACCGAAGGAAAGAAACUUCCAAACAAAACAUUGAUGUACAGGUAACGUUACUGGGUGAGUUCCGGUCGGAGGAAUUCUAACUUAAAAGUCUACAAAAUUAGGUAAAAAUUUAAAACCACUACUGCUGGAUGGGUGUGCCGUACCUGUAUAAACAGGUAGCUCCACACAGAUAGAUUUGUUGUACGUCAAGCCACAGCGAUAGGCUGAAGGGAAAUUAUUUCGGUCUGUGAAGGGUGUGUGUGUGUUUAAACACACACACGCAACCAUGAAUGGAACACUUGUACAACUGAUAAGCCGUUACCACCUGUUCUUCUGGCAGACACACUUCAAUACUACACGUGCAAACCGACACCGCGCACUAUCGCUCGCAGGGUGACGACGAGCCCCAGGCCGAAGACAAAAAGGAGCCAAGGAUAAUGGCAAAACCUUCGCAAAGGUAAUUAAGGUGAAAAGAAACCCGACAGACAUGCGGAUACGGAUGGGAAACCAUAUUGCAAUAUCUCUUGACUUGCGAAUGUCGGAAGCCGUUCAUCGUGCGUCACUUAAUUACCAACGCACGAGUGAUGUACGACCACAGCCGUAACCGAAUGCGAAACGUACAAACACACGCACCCAUACGCACACAAAGAACUUCUUGUCAGUAAUUGGCUGGCAUGGCAGCGGGAGUCAGGAGCCAGGAGCAGCAGCAGUAUCAGGAACAAGGUAAGACAAUGGACGAUAAUGCCGACAAAUGAUGCUGACGAAUGGUAAAAGGGAAAGGUUAUUGAGGGACAAGCUUGAUAAGCUUGCAAGCACUAUAGCUUCAGUGCAAUAUUACGCAUAUUGGUUUACUUAUGGAAACGUUCGUGCAAUACACUGAUGCCACUUUCUAUGGCCGCACCCAUAUGUUUGAUGGAACUCGUAAAUUACGUUGAUCUUUCUUUUUAGGAGGCUUUUUUUGUUAAUAAAAUGUUUGAAAAUAAAAUUUAUCGCUGUAUAUAUUUUGUCUAAUUUUCGGAUUGUCUUAAAUUCUUUUCUCAUAAUACAUUCAUUCUUUAUCGCCCCUUACAAUCCUUUCCUUUUUUCUCCAAUCAUCCUUUUACUUUACUACAAUAUCUAGAAUAUCCUGCUCCCACUACACCAUAAAUCAUAUUUUUUCACGUCAAGUUCUUCCUUAAACUCUCUCAUUUUUAUCAUUAUUUUGCAGCUCAUGAACGGAGGUAACGUGACGGACAAAGCCAAUAGAAAUCGUAGAAUUGUAGUUUUUAAUCCGAUUUCUUAUUAACUUACUUUUUUUUAAUAAAAUUUAACUGAAGGAAACAAAAAGAUGAUCCUAUCAUUGAAUCAAUCAAGAAAUCGACUCUCAGUAUAUUUUUUUCAUUCUCUUGAAUAUAUGGCCAAAACGUACUAUGCAAUCAAAUUAGACUUUUAAUCAAAUUUGAAAAUCAUACAAAUUUCUUUUAUAGUUUUGGGCAUUUCUUCUUUACAUUUUUCAAUUUUAUUAUUAAUUUGUAAUUAGUUUUAUGUUUUUUUAUUAACAAUAUGUUUCUUUUCUAAUUCUACAAUGUAAUGAUUUUUUUUCUUUAAUUUGGUGAAAGAAAACAAACUUAAUGUUGAAAGUUAAGAUAUUAAUAACGCUUCUACAAAAUUUCGGUAUGGUUAUGUCUACUUAUACCUAGUCCAGAUUUAUUGGAUUGGAGAGAUUCUAUUGUUCGACACUCUAUAUCCAUUCUAAACUAUAGGAGAAUAAUUUAAAUAUCUCACAUUGCUAUCGCUAUAUGCGUUUUUUAUCGGUAUAAAAAACAGUAAAUGAGAGUCGAUAACUUGAUUAAUCUUGCGUCUUGAUAUCCUCGUUUUGCCAUGAUCUUAAACUAAGUUUUACAAAAAAGAAUCAUAGAUAGUAAAAUAUUUUAACCGAUCUAAAACGUAUUUUUUAUAAAAUUAAUUGAUCAAAUCACUCUAUUAUCUCUCACUGUAAUAUUUUGCUUUCGAUGGUGCAGCUUCACAGCAAAAUCAUAGCUUGGAUAUUUUAUUUAUUAAGUAUUACGGUCCGAUGACGUAUUGUCGAAUAGCUUGGAUAUAUUACUUAUAAUUCUAAUUCAUAAAUCAACCAGAUUAGUUAGGCAAUUAAAUUUUGUUCUAAAUGCCUUUUUCUUUCUUGGACUAACGACCUCUGAGGGUCGUGCAUGCCGUUUCUGGCAUACCAGACUUAACGGUACACCACGUAGUUGGCUAGUCAGUCCUCACAACGGGGGAACAGUUCGGAUGAGAUUUGAUCUCCGGUCCUGCCGUGUGAAGACCGGCGUCGCUGGCGCAUCCAAUCCGGGCCGUCCCUAUUCUAAAUGUAACAGAACUUUUUAACAAAAAAAGUAGAAAUAUUACAUUUCAUUAUUUUUACUGCUAAUUCUUUAGCUGAUGAGAAAGUACCCAUAACUGUAUGCAUAGUUCGAUUACACAAUAGCACAAUUCCUCAGUGGACUUGCAAGACUCUACUAUUCAUUUGAAUCAUUUUACUGAGUGAUUUUAAAAUUCUAUUAUACGGAACAAAUCCCUAUAAUUAACUUCCCUUUCUUUACGUUGCUUUUUUUUGUACCAAUUUUUUUGUAGAACAUUAUUGAAUUUAUUAAUUUUUUUUAAGGAAUUUAAAUAACGAGAUACAACUUGUUUCUUGCGGUCCUCUCUCGAACUCGCUUGUGUUCUAUUUGAAAUUUUUUCUAGACAUAUUUGUUAAAAAUAUCAGUUACUACCUUCGCCAUAAAUUACUCGUUGGAUGUGUUUCAAUGAUUGCGAUGCUAGACAAUAGACAAAUUUACCACGCAAACGUUCAUUAAAUUAGGUAAAUUUGAAGCAAGGCUACGGAAAAUGGCAUCAGUGCACUGCAAUUAGGCAUAUUUUAACACAAUGUUAUUUAGUAUAAUACCACGCUUAUGUUAUUUAGUAACAUAUUACACAUUUGCUGUGAGUAUGUUAAUACCGCGCAUAGAUAAAUAAACUUUGCAAUUGAUUGUACAAUACGUUACAUUACUUUGCAUGAUAAAAACAGUACGUCCCAAAACACAGUAAAAAUGUUGCAUUAUGAUUACUCUCACGAAAUCAACCUCAUUGCAACUGAAGCGUUUUUGUACUAUCAAUUUUUUUCAAAUUUAGACAUUUUUCUUACCUUUUCAUGCGCAAAUUUUCUCACCAAUCAUUCUUACAACGCAAGCAAAUAAUAAGAAAACGCAUUGGAAAGAUGCAAAGUGCUAUAAACAUUCAACAAAAAAAAAAAACUUACCAAAAACGACAAAGGAAAAUGUGAAAACAGGAAAAUAAAACAACCAACAAAAUGGCAACAAAACAAAAAAACAAUCCCGAAAGAGGAUGAAAGCAAGCAACUUUAAGAAACAUGAUGUAAACAAAACAAGACAUUUAGAGGAAGAAGAGGAAAAAACAACGGUCAUAACUCACUCACCACACAACAAACCAACAAAUAACAACUGCGAGUCCUUUCUUGGCUUAGGCUCUUAUGGAACGAAACAAAGACAAAAAAAAACAAAAAAAAAACAGAAAAUAUAUACACAUAUAUAUACAUAUACACAACAACAACCGACAACAAACCCAACCAACUGGGGAGAAGCUGAACAAAGAUGAUGGCUGCAAAAUAAAAGUGUUUAUGAUUUUGAA